AUGUUCACAGAAGAAGAUGUCAAAUUCUACUUGGCUGAACUUGCACUUGCUUUAGAUCAUCUUCAUAGCCUGCGAAUGAUCUAUAGAGACUUAAAACCAGAAAACAUACUUCUCGAUGAAGAAGGUCACAUCAAGUUAACAAAUUUUGGCCUAAGCAAAGGGUCUAUUGACCAUGAAAAGAAGGCAUAUUCUUUUUGUGGAACUGUGGAAUAUAUGGCUCCAGAAGUAGUUAAUCGUCGAGGUCAUACUCAGAGUGCCGAUUGGUGGUCUUUUGGUGUGUUAAUGUUUGAAAUGCUCACUGGUACACUACCUUUCCAAGGGAAAGAUCAAAAAGAAACAAUGACUAUGAUUCUUAAAGCCAAACUUGGGAUGCCACAGUUUUUGAGUCCUGAAGCCCAGAGUCUUUUACGAAUGCUUUUCAAACGAAAUCCUGCAAACAGAUUAGGCGCAGGACCAGAUGGAGUUGAAGAAAUUAAAAGACAUUCGUUUUUCUCAACGAUAGACUGGAAUAAACUAUACAGAAGAGAAAUUUACCCACCUUUUAAACCUGCAACUGGCAGGCCUGAAGAUACAUUCUAUUUUGAUCCCGAAUUUACUGCAAAAACUCCCAAAGAUUCACCUGGCAUUCCACCUAGUGCUAAUGCACAUCAGCUUUUUAGGGGAUUUAGUUUUGUUGCUGUCACUUCAGAUGAUGAAAGCCAAGCUAUGCAGACAGUUGGUGUACAUUCAAUUGUUCAGCAGUUGCACAGGAACAGUAUUCAGUUUAGUGAUGGGUAUGAAGUAAAAGAAGAUAUUGGAGUUGGCUCCUACUCUGUUUGCAAGAGAUGUAUACAUAGAGCCACAAACAUGGAGUUUGCAGUGAAGAUUAUUGAUAAAAGCAAGAGAGACCCAACAGAAGAAAUUGAAAUCCUCCUUCGUUAUGGACAGCAUCCAAACAUUAUUACUCUAAAGGAUGUAUAUGAUGAUGGAAAAUAUGUGUAUGUGGUAACAGAACUUAUGAAAGGGGGUGAAUUGCUGGAUAAAAUUCUUAGACAGAAAUUUUUCUCUGAACGAGAGGCCAGUGCUGUCCUGUUUACUAUAACCAAAACUGUUGAGUAUCUUCAUGCACAAGGGGUGGUUCACAGAGAUUUGAAACCUAGCAACAUUCUUUAUGUAGAUGAAUCUGGUAAUCCAGAAUCUAUUCGAAUUUGUGAUUUUGGCUUUGCAAAACAACUAAGAGCAGAAAACGGUCUUCUCAUGACUCCUUGUUAUACUGCAAAUUUUGUUGCACCAGAGGUUUUAAAACGACAAGGCUAUGAUGCUGCUUGUAAUAUAUGGAAUCUUGGUGUCCUCCUCUAUACAAUGCUUACAGGUUAUACUCCAUUUACAAAUGGCCCUGAUAAUACACCAGAGGAAAUACUGGCACGAAUAGGUAGCGGAAAAUUCUCAUUCAGUGGUGGUUACUGGAAUUCUGUUUCAGACACAGCAAAGGACCUGGUGUCAAAGAUGCUUCACGUAGACUCUCAUCAGAGACUGACUGCUGCCCUUGUGCUCAGACAUCCUUGGAUCGUCCACUGGGACCAACUGCCACAAUAACAACUCAACAGACAGGAUGCACCACAUCUAGUAAAGGGUGCCAUGGCAGCUACAUAUUCUGCUUUAAACCGUAAUCAGUCACCAGUUUUGGAACCAGUAGGCCGCUCUACUCUUGCUCAGCGGAGAGGUAUUAAAAAAAUCACCUCAACAGCUCUGUGAAGUGACCUCAGUGAGAUACUUGGUACCAUGGUGUAAGCUGAUAGCACAAGUUCUGGCGACAGGUAGCACAUAUUUGAGAGACACUUGCAAGCACACACUGUCCCAGCUGGUACCCAUAAUGCUGCUGCUCCUGCUGCUGCUCCUGCUUUUGUCUCGCUUUAAAUGAUUGUUAGCAGGUUACAUUUUCCUGGAGCUUAGGAAGAAAUGGAAAUGGAAACAUGAUGAAGAUGUAUUCACUGAAUCAACAAGAAGAAUAAUGAACAUAUGACUACCACCUAAAAAUACACUGAAUAAAGUACUCUACACCAUAUAGCAUUAUUUUUACAGGAAAUAUUUCAUGUCCCUUAAAUAUUCUUUGUUAGUUAUAGGGAUGGACAGUUUAUGUUAAGCACUUAGCUUAAACAAUCCGUUUAUAUUAGCACUGUAUCCUUUGUGCCAUCCAACAUUUUGUAUGUUUUUGUAAACAGUUCAUAUACAGUACAUUUCUGUACUACUUUCUUUAAUGUAUACAUGCCUUGUUUAACUUGGAAUCUAUUAUUAUUAAUCAUUUGACUAUUAAAUCUGGUUAAAUAGCUCCCCAGGAUUAACAGUAUUGAUGGACAACCCUAAAAACGACCAGAUUGUGGAACAGCUGUUGAAUGUAAUACUUUCAAAAAUGUACAUAUCUUUCCCCAUGUCUGUUUCACUGGUUUGUUUGUUUGUUUCAUAAAGUCAGGCGCUCUGUCAGACUAACCUAGAGAGCUGUUAUGGUAGGGAAAGUUAUCGUAUGUGUGCAGCAUGAUAUCAGAAGUACACUUAGGAAGUUAGUCCAUAUACUUUGCAACUCCUUAGGGUUCUGUUUUCCUUAAUUAAGGAAGUAUCGCUUGCACAUUUAAUCUUAAGUAGUAUCCAUGCUUAGUAUUUGGCUUGUAAUUUGGGGUUUUGCCAAUAUAUAUAUCAAGGGCCUUUAAGAGUUGUGAAGAGAUUGGUGAAGGAAACUUUAGCAACAGGUAAUUAAAGUCCCAUUGGAUAUUUCAUGUCCAAACAGAUACUCUAUAUUAAACACUAAUUUGAAUGUAAUAAAACCCACAGGCCUCUAUAUGAAAUUGGAUUUAAACUUUAUUAUUCUAGGGAAUAAAAAACAUUCUUUAUCAAACAAAUUCUGUUCUAACCUGAAGUCAGCUAAGGUAGGCUAAGUGAGUGUUCAUCAUUGUGUGUUUUCUGAAUCCCUCCUGAUGAUUUAUAGCCAUGUAAUGUUUCCUUUGACUUCAGAAUGGAUUAAGCUUGCACAAUGGUCACUGGGUCUGCCUAGAUUACAGUAUUCAUUAUCUACAUAUAAUUUGGUAGUUUCCACAAUUUUAUUUGAUUAAAGAAAUUUCUGUACUUAUUAUUACCUGUAUCUUUGCCAAGCUACCUAGCAUACAUCAGUAUGUAAUGUAAAACAAAAAAAUGAGCAAGGAAAAAGUGAUUUACCUUACCUCAUCAAGAAUCUGCUCAAACAGAUCUUUCUUAGGAAUAGACUAAGCCAUUUACAUCAGAAAUCUUUUUUCCUGCCAGAAGCUUUAAAUCUUCACCUAAGAGUACAAAGCCAAAAGAGUUUGGUUUAUCUGAAUAUCAUGGAAGCCAUUAGUUAUUCCUUAAGUUCUCAUCUAUGAACAGGUAACACAAAAUGAUUAUUGCAUAGAAAUCGAAUGUAAGCUUAUCUUCUAGAUUAAAAAUGUAUCAGAGAAGGGAAUAUCUGAAGAUCAACAUUAAGUUUUUAAAAUUCUUGAGUCUGUGGGUGCUAACUAUUAAAAGCUGCUUUCUGUGACCUGGAAAGAAUGCUUACCCCACUCCCCACCCCCCACCCCCCACUUUAUUCAGUGUUUCAAUCCAUGACUAUCCCAAAUCGUUGUCACUUUUAGAAUGUUAACUCUGGGCAGGAAAAAAAGAUAUGUUUUCAGAUUUUUAUUGACACUGAUGAUACUCCACAGUUGGGCUUAGGUGUAUUAUCCAACAUAAUCUUUUAGAACCAGAAGUAAACAAAUAAAUCCUUAUAUAUUAUCUGGUCCAUCUUUCUCAUAUUGCAUAUGAAGAACCUGGGACCCAAAGCAAAGACUAGAAUCCUUAACUUCCCCCAUUCAAUUUUUUUUUCCUCUCAUAAUACUGUGCUGCCUUCCCUUCACCGUAUCAUCUGUCCAGCAGCUAAGUUAAAAACUAUGUAUUUCUUGGGACAAUCCUUCACUGGUAUAUGAAUACCAAGUUUAUUGCUUUCAGUGAUACUGCCUACUUUGCCUAAUCAAUUCUGGUUUUUUUUACUGGAGAAAAGCAAGUUAUAUAUUCACAAAACUGAGGCUCUCUGCCUAAAAAGCAGUUUAUGAGCAUAAUUUAUUUCAUCUGUGGUUAUUAAUUUCUCAAAGUCCAAUUCUUCCAGGCCCCUUUCUUUGAGAUCCUUGUGGGCUUCUGCCCUUCACUAAUUAGUGCUGCCAUGUACUGGGGCUUCUCCCAGGAGGCUCCAAUCCAGUCUUAAAAAUCUUUUACUGUGAAAGGAACUAGACUAUCCAUCCUCUUUUACAAACUUCCUCUUAGCUUAUAAUCCAAAAUAAUACCCAAAAUGUUUGAUUGCAUUUAACAUUUCCAAGCACUUACUGGAAAUUAUGGAUUACACUACCGUUUGUUUUAGAUCUUCCUUUUCAAGUGAUGAUGUUAAAUUAAGGUAAGUUUUUUGUUUUUUAAUAUAUAAAUCAUUUCAGCUCCUUCUGAUUUAUAGAGAUGUCUUCUUUCUAAGUACAAUAGACCAUUGACUUUAACAGAUUUGAUGUAGAUUCAUUUAUUCACAAGCAACCCAAAAGUCAAAAAAAAUGUAAUAAUUUUUACAAGUCACAAAGUUGAUAUGCUGUGAGGUUGGCAUGUGGGAAAAGACACUUAGUAUCUGUAGAGGGUGUGGUGUGUAUGUGACAGGGAUUCCAUGUUUCACAUGCAGUGCACUCCAAAGAGUGGGUUUUAGCCAACCAUUUCCUGCUUGUUCUUAAGAAAUGGUUUCUGCUGGGGCCAGGGACAUCAUAGGUGGUAGGACUGGCCAGUUAGCUCUAUUCUGCCCCCUGAGCCCAAGACUUUUCAUAAUGGGUUGGAUAGAAAAGGGCUGGGGCAGGCCAAGCCUGGGAUGAGAGUUAGUAGAAAAGCAUUCAAGGUUUGGAGGCCUUGAUAUACAUGGGCUUAAUCACCAUGAAGACCAGCAAUACACACCUCAACAUGUCUUUGAAAUUCUCUGUUUCCUGGCCUUUAUAAAAUUAUGACAUAAAAAUUUUCAGCUUGCUUUACAUGUUUUAUAGAGAAAACUAUAUCUUAAUGCUGGUAUUAAGCAUUUGAGAUUUACAAAGGUAUUGGCAUAUCUCAGGAAGGAAAGGGUCAGAAAAGGUCUAAUUUAUGUGAUUAACAAGUGUGAUGGGUUCCAGGGCUGACCCUUGGUGCUUAAACCAGGAGGUUCCAGUCUAGUCCUAGAGUUCUGUCGCUCUGAAAGGUUAACUCCAUGUGACUAACCUUAAUUUGGAUGUAUACUUUGAGCCAUAUGUAAUUCGCAGAUUAAUUUACUUAACUCAGUAUUUUUUAUUUCAAUUAAUGAAAAUAGUCCUCUUUUUACCUCUAGAUGGCUUACAUUUUGCUAGUUCCCUCAAGUGACCAUUGGUGGAGAACAAUUAAUGAAGGAGUGGAAUUAACUUUCUUGGAACUGUGGUGGUCUGCAGAGCCACACUUAACCACUUUUUCCAGUGAAGAAUCUGCAUAAUGAUAAUACUCAGAUAAGGAUGCCAAGAAGAAUUUGUAUCUACAGUGUGUUUUAGUAUUUUUGACACUGCUGUAUUCCAUGUGAUCUAGUGACUUGUAACUGUGUCCAGUGUGACUGUGUUCUCAAUUCUGGUGACUAAGUCAACUUGCUUAGCCUGGUAUUACUAUCAGUCUCACAUUUACCACUUUGAUACCAGUCUUGUAACUGUUCAUGACAGGACAUAUCAAGGGUUGGGAUGAGAGCUUACCCUCCUACCUCCUGAGGCAUUUUCCUCAUUAUUUUGCCAUAUUACCUUGAAGUGCGUGAUAAGCUGUUUAAAUUUCCAUGACUUCUCCUAGAGCAACUAGCAAAGUAUAUGACAUUGAAUAGAGAUUAAUGGAAAGGAAAAUUUGGAGACUAAGUUCAGAGGUAUGAACCUCAAGGAAGCCUCUUUAGAGCACAUAGCAUUUGAGUACAGUAUAUGUAAAAGUAUAUAAGCACAGAAUUGCUAUAAUAGCUCUAAGUAGAUUAGUUCAAUAUCAUUCUAAUACUUAAGAAACCAUACCCUGAGUUUUUCAAACUGAUGUUUUAAAAUAGAACUAUUAAAUACAAAGUGAGGGCACAGGGAUAAAGAUUUGGGUUUGGGUUUCUGUAAGUGUAGUUUACCAUCUAAAGCUUUGCUUUUUAAUUAAGAAAAAAAAGCUUCAAGGUAUUGCAAUUCUUUAGAUCCUUAAUGAUUAUGGGAUGAGUUUUUAGUCUUAAAAUCAUGUGCAUUUAUUAGGUUUAUCUUCACUCUUACCCAAAACAAAAGGAAAGGUGUACACCUGAGGGAUGUAAUUAUUUUGCAUUUUUGGCCAUGGGUGGGAAUGGGGUGGGUAUCUAAACAGUUUUUUAAAAAGAAAAAAAUCACAAAUAUUUUUCUACUAUUCUGUAUGAUCUUACUUUAUACUAGUUUCUCUCUAGUAAGGCAUGCCAGAAGCCCAAGUUACCAUGUCACGGGUUCAUACGUAUUGUACUUUUAAUUGGUGGUGAAUUCACAUCAGAUGCUUGGCACUGCUGCCAUAAUUAAGACAUGCUUGUAAAGGAUCAAAUAUCGCUUAAUAUUUUAAAUUGUUUUACUUAAGAGUCAAUCUGGGAAGUUUUCAAAUCAUGCUAUUAGUGUGUAAUCUGAGCUGUUUCAAAUGUAUCCAUGAACAAUCCUGGAACAAUAUUGCUUGUAUUCCUGUCAUAGAAUGAGUUUUGUAAUCUUUCAGAGAAAUGAAAAUUUAUAUAAUAAAGUAUCAAAUCAAUG